AUGGGCGCGGGCAGCUCCACGGAGCAGCGGAGCCCCGAGCAGCCGGCGCCGGGCAGCGACGCGCCCCCCGAGCCCGAGCUCCGCGGCGGCGGCGGCGGCGGCGGCGACCCCUCGGCCGAGGCCACGACGCCCGGCUCGGUGGCCGAUGCCGCCGUCGCCCUCGCCGACGCGGACCCGGCCACCAAGCUCCCACAGAAGAAUGGACAGCUGUCCACCGUCAAUGGCUUGACUGAACAAGGGGAGGUCGGCCUGCAGGAGGGAGCCUUGGACGUGCAGGAGGAAGAGGUCAUAGUCACAGGUGUUGGACAGAGAGAAUCGGAAGAUGUGAGAGAAAAAGAUCCAGAUAAAGAAAUGGCCGCCAAAUCUGCGGUUGUAGAAGACCUGGCGAAGGAUGGGCAGGAGGAGACACCGGAGACGCUGGAACAGAUUCCUACCUCCGACAGCAGCAAUUUGGAGGAGGACGGAGCACAGCCAGCCGAGCCCCAGGCCAACGACGUGGGAUUCAAGAAGGUCUUCAAGUUCGUCGGCUUUAAAUUCACCGUGAAGAAGGAUAAGACCGAGAAGUCUGACACUGUCCAGUUACUCACCGUCAAGAAGGACGAAGACGAAGGAACGGAGGGGUCCAUCGGAGCCGGCGAUCACCCGGAGCCCGGCGUGGAGAGCGGAGAGCCGGCGGCGCGCGGAGAAGGGGAGCCGCAGCCAUGCGCGGCGGGGCCGGGGGACACCCCCAAGCCGGAGCGGGGCCACGCCGACACCCCGGUCCAGGCUGAAUCCGGCCCAGUGACCGAGCACGUCAAAGAGGAGGAAGGGGAGGAGAAGCGCGAGCAGCGGGAGCCCGCCAAGUCCGGGGACUCUCCCAGCAGCCCGGUCCCCAACGACACGGCGUCCCCCUUCAAGAAGUUCUUCACCCAGGGCUGGGCGGGCUGGCGCAAGAAGACCAGUUUCAGGAAGCCAAAGGAGGACGAGCUGGAAGCUUCGGAGGAGAAGAAGAAGGAGCCCGAACCGGGGAAGGGCGACGCGGAGGAGCGCGGCAAGAGCGAGGGGAGCGCGGCGGAGCGCGCGGCACCCGCGGAGCCGGAGCAGGAGCCGGGGCGCGCGGAGGAGCGCGCGGAGCAGGCCCGGUUAUCGGCCGACUACGAGAAGGUGGAGCUGCUGCCAGAGGAGGAGGAGGAUGGAGCCGGGGGUCCUGGCGAGAGAUGCGCCCCGCUGGCGUCGGAAGUCUUCGAUGAGAAAAUCGAAGUCCAGCAAGAAGUGGUGGCCGAAGUCCAUGUCAGCACCGGGGAGGAGGAAGAGGAGGAGGAGCAGGAGAAGCCCGAGGAGCCCCGAGCCGGGGUGGGAGCCACGGUGAUGGACGCCUCGUCCCCGGAGGAGAAGCCGGCGGGAGCUCGGGAAGAUGCCCAGGAGCCCGCCGGGGACCACGCGCAGCCCAUGGACCCCGGUGCAGAUGACAAGGAGCUGCCCAAGCACCCCGAGGGCCUGGUCAGCGAGGUGGACAUGCUGUCCUCCCAGGAGAGGGUCAAGGUGCAGGGAAGCCCCCUGAAGAAGCUGUUCAGCAGCAGCGGCUUGAAGAAGCUCUCGGCGAAGAAGCAAAAAGGGAAACGUGGAGGAGGAGCGGGAGGAGAUGAGGAACCUGGGGAGCAUCCCCCCGACAGCCCCGAGGAGCCCAAGGGCGAGAGCUCCGCCUCCUCCCCCGAAGAGCCGGAGGAGAUCACGUGUCUGGAGAAAGGGAUAGGGGAAGGGGCCCCAGAAGGGGACAUGGAGGAAGGAGCCACCUCGGACGGAGAGAAGAAAAGGGAAGGUAUCACUCCGUGGGCCUCUUUCAAGAAGAUGGUGACGCCCAAGAAGCGGGUGCGGAGGCCUUCAGAAAGCGACAAGGAAGAAGAGCUGGACAAGGUCAAGAGUGCCACCUUGUCGUCCACCGAGAGCGCAGCCUCGGACGCGCAGGAGGAAGGCAAAGGAGCGGGCGAGGAGCAGAAGCCCGAGGAAGCCAAGCGCAGGGUGGACACCUCAGUGUCCUGGGAGGCACUGAUCUGCGUGGGGUCCUCCAAGAAGAGGGCAAGAAAGGCGUCCUCUUCGGACGACGAAGGAGGGCCGAGGACAGCCGGAGAAGGUCAAGGGCACAGAGGCGGUGAGGACAAGGAAGCGGGCGCCGAGGCCAUCCUCGCCUGCUCCCCGGAGCAAGAUCACGGGCAAGGCAGUUCCUCGCCCGAGCCAGCUGGAAGCCCUUCCGAAGGAGAGGGCGUUUCCACCUGGGAGUCCUUUAAAAGACUGGUCACCCCACGGAAGAAAUCCAAGACGAAACUGGAGGAGAAAACGGAAGAUCCCGGCGGAGACCACUUGGCUGGCGACGCGGAACCGGGGCGAGAGGAGUCUUGGGUUUCGAUUAAGAAAUUGAUUCCUGGGCGCAGGAAGAAGAGGUCGGAUGGGAAGCAAGAGCCAGCCACCGUGGAAGACACGGGGCCCCCCGAAGCCACCAACGAGGAGGACUUGGAGGUGCCCGCCGUAGUGCCCCUGUCUGAGUAUGACGCAGUGGAGAGGGAGAAGCUGGAAGCCCGGGAAAGCGUAGAGCCAACCGUGCCCGUGUACGUGUCCGAAGAGCUCAGCAAGACCCUGGUGCACACAGUGAGCGUGGCGGUCAUUGACGGGGCAAGGGCGGUCACCGGUGUCGAAGAGCGGUCCCCCUCCUGGAUAUCCACUUCGGUGACCCAGCCUCUGGAGCCAGCAGAAGAUGAGGCCACCCCAUCAACAGAGGGGGUCACUGAAAGAGACGUCCUCAUCGUAGAGGAAGCUCCCGCGGUCACCCACGAGGACACCGCGGCGGUCAGCGAGGUGGAAUUGACCUCGGAGGCAGUGACCGCCGCAGAAACCUCCGAGGCGCUCGGCGCCGAAGAAGUCACAGAAGCAUCUGGAGCUGACAUGGUGUCAGCGGUGUCUCAGCUGACCGACUCCCGGGACACCACGGAGGAGGCCACCCCGGUUCAGGAGGUGGAAGGCGGCAUGCCCGACGUGGAGGAGCAGGAGCGGCGGACCCAAGCCGUGCUGGAGGCGGUCGCAGAAAAAGUGAAAGAGGGAUCGGGGCCGCCCGGUGCCAGUGGGCCUGACGCUGCGGUUCCAGCCGUGGCCACGCAGAAAGCAGGGCCGAAAGUUCUAGAGAGGGUAGAGGAAACGGAAGAGUAUUCUGAAGCCCUGGGUCCGGAGAAACAGAGUGCGGAUGAUGUAGCGCAGAAAGUGCCCGGGCAAGAGACAGGCGCUGAGCAGGCCACACAAGGGUCUGUCUUGGUGCCCACCACCGAAGUCCCCGAAGCCACAGCCAGCAUAGCGUCCGGGGAACUUACCACCACUCUGCAAGCUGAAGCCUUGGAUGGAGUAAAGUCCCAGCACCAGGCGAUGCCCCCCGACUCAUCGGAAACCUUGACAGACAGCGAGACCAACGGAAGCACCCCAGUAGCAGAUUUAGAAGAUGGGGCCCUGGAAAGUCACGACGAUAUGACAGUUGCCACUGGCCCACCGUCCCAGGUCACAGAAUCCGUGGCAGCCCCUGCCCAGAAAGAGGGUCCCCCAGCCCCUCCUUCUGGUCAGUCCCAGAAAGAAGAUGAACCACCAAGAACAGAUGUUCUAGAACAUACAGAGCAGGAGUCCCCAGUGGAAGCUGUCGCCCCUGAAGGGUGCAAGACUGGGGCGGUUCAGGAAGCAGGCCAGUUUGCCAAUGGUGAGCUCCAAGGCGAGCUGUGUAUUGAAGGACCUGCGGCAUCUGCACGCUCGGAAGGAACCGGCAGUGCGGAAAAGAUGGCAAAGGUUGUCCUCGAUGGUGAAGUGUCCGGAGGUGCAGAAUGUCAGAAGAGGGACAAUGUUGAACCGCAGAGCCCAGGGUGGGAGGAGAGAGGGAUGGGAGCUGGCGUGGAGGGGGAGGAGAAGCCGGAAGCAAAGCAAGCGAGUGAUGAGCCGGGGAUCAGUCAGCAGCUGGUCCAGGUAGUGGGUCUCCUUGAAGGGAGCCGCCCUCACCCCGAGCAACAGCCAGGUGCAUGCACGGAGGCUCAGGUGCAAAGCUCCUGCAUAGCUGAGAAGGUCUUGGAAACGGCCAAGAUCGCAGAAACAGGCGACACGUUGCCGUCCGCAGGCUCACGUUUAUCCACAGCGGAGAAGUCCCGCGAAGCAGACGAAGACGGAGCUCCACAACCUCGAGACCCAGCCGCGACCACGGGUCCCGAGUCUCAUACGAAGUCCCUGUCACUAACAGCAUCUGCCACUCCUGAGGACGCCCCACCUUCUGACCAGGACGAAGAGAGAAGUACACCCCAGAAACCAAGGUCACCGGAAGACGAAGAGCAAGUGGGCGCUCAGGAAGGUGGAGCGAGUGCAGCCAGGGAGGCAGACCUCCAGGCUGAACACGAAAUUCUGGAAUUAGUGACUGAGAGCAGUAAGCUUGUCCAAAACAUAAUCCAGACAGCCGUGGACCAGGUUGCGCGUGCAGAAGGAAGGGUCCCCGAAACGACUACACCUGACUUAGAGAUGCCUCCUCCCUUGACACAAGCUGACCACCAGGGAGCCAGACGGAAGGAAGACAGCCAACACCCAGCCUGUAGUCAGGAUGAAACCUGGCCCAGCCCAGCCCAGGACGCAUCCCAGCCAGACUCCGGGAGACUGACACCUCCCGACACUUCCAAAGACGACAGUGGGCCUUCAGAACACACGGUGAUGGUGGAAAGUUCCAGUGCAAACGACCAGCAGUUUGAGGAGGUGAUUGUCCCAUCUGAGACAGAGACAGAGAGAAAUGGAAUCAAGCCCGAUGCUCCUAGCAAGUUAGAACGAGUCAAGAAGCCACCGCUUGAACCCCAAGAAGACGCAAAGGAGGGUGCUGCUGUUGCUGCUGGCCCCGAGCACCAAAGCCCAGCCCUGGCAGAUGCUGACAUCUCAGGAGGCCCUACCAAAGAGUCCUCGGACACCAACGGACCAAAGCUAGCAGAGGACGGAGAUGCCCAGGAAGCACUUCAGGGAGGAAAAGCGCCCAGCAAGCAAGACCAGGACAGCCAGCCCCAAACAGAAGGAGACCCUGCAAGAUCCGAACUUACAGAAUCCUAAGACAUUGGCUACGCAUUAUAUAUCUACAAGACCAGAAUGUGAAGAUAUUUGGUGAAAAAGAUGCUGCUGGUGGGACUUGAGACCAAUAUUUCAGAACUUGGAGAGCCGCAGAGCAGAGCCAUCCUCUGACCUCCCCUGUAGAGUGCCCCCGACAAUCCUGAGGCUUCAUCGGGUGCUAGAGCCAGCCAACAGUUCCUUGUUUCGUCAAGACCACCUUUCCUUUUCCUUUGAUACCAUACAUAUCUGAUUUAAGAUCCUAAAUUGGUAACCUGGAAUCGACGUCGGCAAUACCCAGUUCUACUUCUCAAACUGGAGCAUCGUUCUCUUUAUGUAUUUAUAUGUAUGUUUUAUGUAAUCCUCCUGUGCCUAUUGUAUAUUUUCCCCCUCAUGUUGAAUGACAUGUGCAGCAUAGCACACGCCUUUUGUAUCACACGAUACAGACAGGCGUGCAGCCACGGUGAAACCCGUGGGACGCUCCCAGCCCCAAUUACCACCUGUGGAAAAAACCAAGCUUCUGAGAAAUAACAUUCCCCAUGAAAAGGUACAAUUCUUAAGGUCCACUAACAUUUAGGUCCAUGCUUAGCUGUCCUCUGGAACCAGUCACCUUCCUAUGCACAGUGAGCUCCAAAUAAACCGCAUUUUGAAACAAUACACAAUGUUUCAUUGGCUACUAUGAAAUUUUUCUUUAUACUCAAUGGAGGUUGAAGUUUUUGGUUUUUUUUUUUGUUUUUUUUUUUGGUUUGGUUUGGUUUUUUCCCCCACAGUAGCAGAUUCAGUCUUAUCUCCUAAUUGUUUUGAACAGAUGUGUGUGCCUAGGCCCAAGCCCUUGAGAGAUGUUUCUUGUUACGCAGAAAGAAUGUGUUGUAAUUUUUUGAUUCUACUCUUCUAUGCUGGACCGAAUUCAUACACAGAACGAAAUGAAUCCCAUUCUUUACAAAUGGUAUUUUGAUAGAUCCUGGAUUGCGUCUGUCCUGUCUGUGCCCCUUCUUUGAAGAACAAUGUUGCAUUUUGUUCAUUUGGAUAAAUUGUGAUUUCACAAUUGAUUUAAAUAAAAUAUUUGCUUCACUUAGAA